AUGUCCUUUGACAGUGGCGAGCAUGACUACACCGAAGAAGAGUCAACAAGACAUCCACGCGUCCGCUACUUAGGCGAGGAUUCUAGUCCAACUACGACGCGAGAACUAAACGGCUGGUUCGCGUAUCCGAUAGCAGCCGAAGUCUUCGCUGUUGUCGCAGUGGGCGCUUUCCUCCCAGUGGUUCUCGAGCAAUUAGCCCGAGAAAAUGGCGUCUUCUUCUCGGAUCGAUCGAAGUCAUGUGUAGACCACGUCCCUGGAUCCGGACAGGCCGGAAGAGCGCUGCAGAUACGCGGUGAGCAGAAGAAAGAGUCGGAGCAGUGUAUGGUGUUGUUUUUGGGAAAAGAGAUGUCCACGAGUAGUUUUGCCAUGUAUACUUUCUCUGCUGCUGUGUUGAUACAAGCCGUCAUGCUUGUGUGUUUUAGUUCCUUUGCGGAUCAUGGUCCGUAUCGCAAGAAAAUGCUCAUGACAUUCGCAUACUUGGGCUCCAUCGCCAGCGCCCUAUUCAUCUUCAUUACACCUGCAGUCUACUACCUCGCGCCUGUGCUGGUAAUCCUCGGCGUUACAAGCCUAGGCUUCUCCUUUGUGCUCUUGAAUGCCUUCCUCCCGCUCCUAGUCGCCAACCACCCAGACGACUCCCAUGCCAAACCGCUCUCAUCGGAUAGCUCAUCGGACCUCGAACUCGAGACGCUGAACCCUCAAGAUAGUCAUACUGGAGCCCAUGGGUUUGGUCCAGACAAAUUGACCCGCGAUCUUGAACGCUCAGCCCUGAUAUCCAGCAAAGGCGUGGGCUACGGCUACAUAGCCGCUGUCCUCGUGCAAGUCCUCAGCAUCCUCGUCCUCUACCUCUUCAGCAAAACAGAAAUCCAGAAAAAGAGUCCAAGUUUGCCGAUUCGUGUUAUCCUGUUCCUUGUCGGUAUUUGGUGGGCUAUAUUUACAAUACCAACAAUACUAUGGCUGCGACCACGACCGGGCGCUCCACUACCCACUCGACAAACUACAUUCCGCAACGCAAGCUCAUCUAGGAUCCGCACAUUCAUGUUCUACACGUCUUUCUCCCUCCGUUCAUUCUGGAGCACAUUGCAAAAAGCGGUACGCCUCCGCCAGACUCUCCUCUUCUUGAUGUCGUGGUUCCUCCUCUCUGACGCCGUAGCUACCAUUUCCGGAACCGCAAUACUUUUCGCCCGCACAGAACUGCACAUGGGUACUAUCGCCAUUGCUCUCCUAUCUAUCACAUCGAUUGGCUCCGGUAUCGUCGGUGCUUUCGCCUGGCCGCGCGUUCAACAAUAUUUUGCGCUGCAGCCCAAGGCCGUCUUGUUAUGCUGCAUCGCGGGUAUGGAGAUUAUCCCCUUGUAUGGACUAUUAGGCUACAUACCCCUCUUCAAAAGCCUGGGCUUUAUAGGCCUUCAACGUGCCUGGGAGAUUUACCCCAUUGCCGUGUUGCACGGCAUCGUAAUGGGCGGUAUAUCCAGCUAUGCACGAUCUGUCUAUGCACCGCUCAUACCUGAGGGUAGCGAAGCGGCCUUCUUCGCAUUGUAUGCGGUGACGGAUAAGGGGAGUAGUGCGUUUGGACCGGCGCUGGUCGGCUGGAUCGUUGAUCGAGCGGGGACGAUCCGUCCUGCUUUUCUAUUUCUGGCAGUGCUCGUCGUGUUACCUGCACCAUUACUGUGGUGGCUAGAUGUCGAAAGGGGGAGGGAGGAUGCGAGGGCGAUGGCAGAGGGCGAUGGAAAAGGGAGUGGUGCUUAUGAGAGGGUGAACCAGGAGUAG